UAACAUAAUGCCGGAGAUUGGCGUUAUAGUAUAGUCGAGCUGGUUAUUUACUUCCCGACUACUAAAUUCGAUGUUUAAGAACUGGAACAACUCAAAGAUCAUUUGACCGUUUAACUGAACAUACCAAUUUAUCAUCAAAGGAUGGCACAUUCUUCUGACUCUUCAGAAUCUUUUCAAGCUUUCUUAGACGGUCAACAAUAUACCGUCGCAGGUAUUCGUCAUUAUGAAUACAUAUUCGGACGAACUUAUGUUUCAACUGGAGGCGAGAAUACAACUAAGGAAUUUGUCGCCCAGCUGAACUUAAAGGAAGGUGAUGAGGUCCUGGACAUUGGCUGUGGAAUUGGUGGUUCAGCGUUUUACAUGGCACGUACGUACAAAGUUAAUGUACAUGGCAUUGAUUUGUCAGCAAACAUGAUAGGUAUGGCUAAGGAAUAUCGUGAAGAAAUGGAGGAUUCCGUUCGAAAGAAUGUGAACUUCGAAGUGAGCGACAUUACCGUGAAAUCAUUUGAACCGGGCACAUUCGAUGUAGUCUACAGCAGAGACAGCAUUCUUCACAUCCGAGACAAGGAACAGUUGUUCGCUAAUUGUUUCAAAUGGCUGAAGCCUGGUGGAAGACUCAUGAUAAGUGAUUACUGCCACGGUGAUAAAGAUGAGCAUUCUAAGGACUUUACUACGUAUGUCAAGGACAGGGGAUAUCACUUGCUGACUGUGAAAGCCUAUGGCAAUUUACUGAAAAAGGUGGGAUUCACAAAUGUGGUAGCUGACGACAGAACUCGCCAAUUCAUUGACAUACUCAAUGUCGAACUCAACGGAUUCAAUGAGCGAAAGAGUGGAUUUUUGCAACAGUUUGAGGAACACUAUUUCGAUUACAUAGUCAAUGGAUGGGAAGCAAAAGUGGUACGAUGUACGGCAGGUGAUCAGGCUUGGGGACUAUUUACCGCUAAGAAACCAUUUGUUUGAAUGCCGUUUGUUGUCUUUCCGAAUAAAAUUGAAAAUUCAAAU